AUGAACGCUGAUGUCAGCAUGUUUGACUGUGAUCCACCUGCUGCAGAGGAACCUGGUCCUGACCGUUCUGGUCCUCACGGUGCUGGUCCUCCGGGUCGUCCCCCCCUGGCACAGAAGGCCCUGUCAGAGUCUUAUGCUCGGCUGCGGUACCGGGACACAUCCCUGCUGAUCUGGCAGCAGCAGCAGCAGGAGCUGCAGACAGGUCCCCCGCCCACCUACCUGAACCGCAGCCAGUCGGCCUGGUACAGCAGCUAUGGGAACCAGGCCGUGCUGAUCCGUGACAAGAGGGGCCUGGAGGACGCCGAGGGACAGUCCAGGAUCUGCAGUGUCAUGUAGACAGGAGACAGAAACUGAGUCAGAUUCAGACUGAACUCCAUGAAAUUUUUCGUGGAUUUAAAAUGCCUAAUGUUUACAGAAGCACUAUUUUACAGGUUCAUGUUUUCACAAUAAUUUCCUAAAACAAACCAAAACUAUCUGAUCUGGUUAUGAUUCCUUGAAAGACCUGCUCCAUUCAGACCAGGUGAGUUUGGUUGUGACACCUGGAAAUUCAGCCACGUGUGUUUAAAUUGUGAGCCUUUGAUUUUUCACUCUAAACUCAGAAAAAACAGCAAAUUUCAUUGUUCUAGGAAACUUCCAAUGAAAAUAUCUGUAAAAUAAAAUGCUAGCAGUUUCUGAUCCUCUGGACUGAAACUCAGCUUCGUCAGUGAAAGAGCUCAGAAGACGUCAGCAGUACCUCCAGUUUUUCUCAGCUUCUCCAUGAAGGUUGGUGAUGGAUGUUAAAUUUGAUGUUUUGACUCUGGAGUCUGGUGUGUUUCGUCUUCCUGACGUCUCCAACAGCUCGGUUUCCAUAAAGACAGUAACACUCCCACAGAGGGAUGACAGCUCUGAGUUCAAAGACUAUUGUGGACAUGUUCAAUGGGCAUUAUGGGAAAUGUAGGAAGGAAGUGUAAAGGGACCCUGACUGAUAUAAACAGCAGUGUUACAGUGUUAUUACAGUGUUAUUGUGACAAUAAACAAGUGGUUUUAUUCUUA